AAUGAGCGUGAAAAAAUAUAAGUCGAAAAGCGUAGGCGAUUAAAAUAGUGGAACAUUAUGGGACUACCGGAAAUCGUAUUGGCCGCGUUAGCUUCCUUAUGUUUUAAUGCUACUUGCGUCGAUCAUUAUUCAGAUACAAUAUCAAGAUCACGAUAUCAAGUUUUAAAAGAUGAUCUGCAACACGAAAAUUUUAUUAUUACAACCUUAAAGAAUGGACCUCUUAGUGGUUACAUAGUCGAAAAUGGUACCUUAAUAGGGACAGGCGUUGCUUUUGAUAUAGUCAAAAUUUUACAAAAAGAAUAUAAAUUCAGUUACACUCUAGUUAAACCAGACGAUGAUAUGUUUGAACCAUCAGAUGGAAAAAAUGGUGGCGUUAAAGAAAUGCUUAUCAAUCAGAAAGUACAUAUAGCAGCUGCAUUUCUACCUAUACAAUACAAUGACGUAGUUGAAUACUCCAGAGGUUUAGACACCGCCCAAUGGGUAGUUCUGAUGAAAAGGCCCAAGGAAUCGGCAACAGGUUCUGGACUUCUAGCACCAUUCACAGCAACAGUUUGGACUUUAAUAAUAAUUUCAUUACUUGCAGUCGGACCAAUUUUAUAUAUUGUUGUUUUUCUCAGAGCCAAGAUAUGCAAAGACGAUGACGAUAUUGUGUUUUCAUUACCCGCCUGUAUGUGGUUUGUUUAUGGUGCAUUAUUGAAACAGGGUUCAACUUUAAAUCCUAGAACAGAUUCUUCAAGGAUUCUUUUCUCUACGUGGUGGAUAUUCAUAACAAUUUUGACAGCUUUCUACACCGCAAAUUUAACAGCUUUUUUGACGUUGUCGAAAUUUACGUUGCCUAUCAGUGAACCUAGAGAUAUCGUCAAGAAACAGUACAAAUGGGUGACUAACAAAGGCAACGGCAUCGUUGAAGAAAUUAAUGAAUCAAGAGAAUAUAGUUCAGGCGAUGGAAAAAGCCUCUAUGAACAAAUAGGAAAUCCCAAGAUAGAGACGGCAGUGGAGGAAGAAGUUAUUUUAUCUGAUUUUGUAACCAGACGAAAUUUGAUGUAUAUUAGAGAAAAAACGGUCUUGGAAACGCUGAUGUAUGAAGACUACAAACGAAAAAUACAAGCUAAUGUUAGCGAAAAGGAUAGAUGCACUUACGUCAUCACUGAUUUUCCGGUCUGUACUUUCCCGAGAGCGUUUGCCUUUGCUCCAGGAUUUAAAUACAAGCCUUUAUUUGAUUUCACAAUACAGCAUUUGAGUGAAUCUGGAAUUACGGCUUUCAAGCAACGCGAAUUCUUACCUGAUACCACUAUCUGUCCACUGAACCUGGGCAACAAAGAACGACGUUUGCGCAACGCUGACCUAAUCAUGACCUACAUGAUAGUGGGUGGAGGUCUCAUCAUCUCUACUGUCAUUUUCAUCAUCGAACUCAUUUUAUACUACUUUAAUCUUAAUAACCGCUGUUGUGGAAAAGCAGAGUUUAACAAUAGAGAACGCACAGAUCCCUUGUUCAAGCGUAAAAACGAAAAUAAUAAUAUUAUCACCUUUGGUAAUGCUUUUAAACCGGCAAAAGAUUUUGUAACGCCACCUCCAUCUUAUCACAUGUUAUUUGGUCCUCCUCCAGGCAAGAAAGGUACAGAUUAUACGAAGAAAACGAUAAAUGGUAGAGAUUAUUGGGUAAUAAAUGACAAAAAUGGAAACACUUCGCUCAUACCUCAAAGAGCACCGUCUGCGCUAUUAUUUCAGUUUACAAAUUAGAUAAUUUAAGUACGUACUGGCUGGCUCGAAU